AUGCUUCUCAAGACCUUCCUUCCCUUCCUCGCCCUCGCUUCCUUCGUCGCCGCCCAGGACCCCAACGCCGGUGGUGACCAGGGUGCCGUUGAGGGCGGUGACCAGGGCGGUGGUGAGGGUGACACCGGAGGCGACACCGGAGGCGACACUGGCGGCGACACUGGUGGUGACACCGGAGGUGACAUGGGCGGUGACACCGGCGAGGACACUGGUGCCGAGCCGUCCCCGAGCCCUAGCCCCUCAGAGGGUGGUGAGGAGGCUGGUCCUACGCCGGCGCCCGAGGGCGACACUGGCGGUGACCCCAACGCUGGUGCCGAAGCUGGUGUUUCCCCCAGCGCUCCCGGAGGCGAUGCCGUCCUCAAGCCCGGCCAGCUUGUUAGCAUUCAGUGGGGCGACGUAAGCGGAGACUGGACCAACAUGACCAUCGCCCUCAUGACCGGAACUCAGGAGGAGCCGAAUGUCGCUACUGUCGUCACUGAGGGCGUCGACGCUACCGCGCAGACCUCGUUCACGUACAACAUGCCGGACGUCUACCCGUACUCGAAGGUUUGGUUCUUCCAGUUCUCGAACAACGGAGCCGACAGCUGGCCGCGAGCCUUCACCCCCCGCUUCACUGUCCAGGGCCCGAACGGCGAGCAGAUCGACCCUCCUCUGACUGAGACCAUUUCCGGUUCGGCCAUCGGAUACGCUCAGAACGGUUACACCAAGGGCGCCAACGGCGCCACCUCGGCCGUCUCUGUUACCGGCGGCAAGCCGAUCGCGACUGGACAGGCGGGCAACGGCGUCACGAUCUACACUGCUGGAAUCAACACCGGAACCGACCUCCCGGACGGAAUCACCGUCACUGGCAUCAAGGCCGCGACCGACCACUCCGUCGACCCUUCGAGCGGCAAGCGCAACCUCCCCGCGCUCGGUAUGCUCGGCGCCGCCGCCCUUGGCGCCGCCUACGUUAUGGCCUAA